CCUCGAUCUUUCAACAUCCUCCAUCUUGCUUCACGAUUAACGAUCAUCGCCAAAUAUCAACAGUCUGCAAUCCUCAGUCGUUUCUUAUCAGCGGCAUCGAAUCUAGCAAGAUGGAAACCGCAACACAUCUCCUUCGCCGUAGCUUCGUGGCCACCAUCGGCAACGAAGAUGGCGAACCCACCAAGAUGCCAGCCUGGGGCGCCCUGCUCGUGGGCACAACUUUCCUCAUCUCCCUUGGUAUUUGGUUCACCAUCUCCUACACCUUCGGUCGCGUCCUCACCACCCUCCUUAUGAUCGAAUCCCCUCAAGAGGCCAUUACCUUCGAGCCCCUCGCAAUCGAAGAUCCCGACUCCACAAUUAACAAAGACCCGGAACAGCCGGCCAGACCAGCAUACAUAACCUCCAGCUUCCGCCGAACGGUGAAGCACCUCCAGGCUGUUGGGGGCUUCCGUGGACGCUUCCGAGGUUUCGCUGUGUUCAUCGUGAAUGCAAUCCUUGUACGAUGGAUCGCAAGGAUGCUUGUAUUCAUUCCUUUUGUCCCAUACGGAGUAGCCGGAGUUAUUGCAGCCGUCAUCUGCGCACAACUUCCUCUGGCCUGGACACAAAUCGUCAUUUCCGAGCCCAACCCCAAGAGCUGGUACCGUCGCAUUCCUUCGCCAAGAGUAUGGCGGAAGGUGGCUGUCCCAACUGCUGUUCUUGCUGUUGCGGAGCAGAUCACUAUCCUUGUACCGCUGAGACUCUUUGAAUUGGCUGGCUUCACUCAGGACGCCAAGACGAUCGCACAACUCAGCCCUCACGAUCAGGCCAUGUUGUCUUUGAAAGGAUUCAGCAUCUUCGUCCUCAGUGUUGUGCUUGGCUUCUUGCUUGUCUUGCCUGCCAACGUCACCUUGACUCGAGUUCAAGCUUCCCUCCUCCCAGAUACCGAUGAGACUAUCGUUCCCUUCGACCGCAGCUUUGGCGGAAAGGUCAUUCCCGAGAUUGUUGGCGGCAACGGCGUUGUAAGCAUGCUUGAUGCGUGGAAGACUUUUGACUGGAGCUCCCGUAUCAGACUUAUCAAGGCGUAUGCCAAGGUCUACGCCCUCACCAUGCUUGUUACUUUCUUCUUCACCAUCUGCUUAACCGCCGAGAUGUUCUUAAUUGCUGGAAAGGACUGGGCUAGCGUCCUUCCAGGUGAUGGAAGCAAGGACCUAUAAUCGGCUCCGCUUCGAAAGUUGAUUGACAACCAGCUUGGUGGGUGGUCACUGAGUGUAAAAUGGAUAUGGGGUAGGAUAUUAUGGGUGGGAAUUUCCAUUUGUCAUUUGAGAUUGUCUCCUGAAAGACUUGGGUAGGUUGGGUACGGCGCGCUCAGAAUACAUAAAGGCAGAACAAGAGAUCACUUCUCUUAAUGAUUAUACUCGAUUCAAUAUCUUUGCGCUUCUGGCAAAUAUUCUCCCUGUUCAGAGCCAUUAUCUCUGCGAGUGCGUCAUCCUAGGAGUAGUUCGUCAUAAUGA